GAUCUGCCUGGUUAGUAAGUGCUGUGUGCUGAAUUUGAACUCAGGUUUUUGUGAUUCUAAUCCCAAAGCUUUAUGCACUGGGCCAUCAGUGGUCUCCUAUGGAAUCAUUCUCCAUCAUUUUAAGGAUCCUAUCAAUGCAUCUUUUUCCAGACCUCUGAAGAAUCUGACAGUGACUGAAGUAGGUGUCAUCUGCCUCUAUCAGAGUGAUUCCACUGGUCCCUUCCUGGAUAGAGAGAGGGUUUACUGGGAAUUCAGCAAUCAGACUGGGGGCAUCACUAGACUGGGGCCCUAUACCCUCGACAGAGACAAUCUCUACCUCAAUGGUGAGUAAGCCCACUCAGGACAUGACUCUUGAAUCUUCUCCUUGAUUUUGUCCCUGUUUGGAAAAUAGACAUUCUGCCCAAAUUCUUGCUCCAUUUUCCUCUGACCACUGUAAGGUAAGCACAGCAGAGAAGCAGGGGACCCAAAGAAACCAGGUGAAUCAAUUAAAUCAGAACCCUCUCUGUCUCUGACUGUCUGUCUGUUUGUCUUCUCAUUUCUUGCUUUCCUCUAGGUUAUAACCAUCAUUUACAAUCUUCCACCUGUAGUAAGUAUUCAUCAACUUCAUGUCUCUAUCUAUCUUCCUGUGACCUGGAAGAAGAAACAAUUGAUACUCCUACCAAUCCUAUUUACUCUGUUUUUUUUUGAAAGGGAAGGGAUAGAAGGACCCAAGGGAUGGCCUGUGGUCCCUCAGAAUUUUAAUCCUCACAUUCCAUGGACUACUUAUUUACCAAGCCCAGCAAGAAUCCUUUUCCCCAUAUUCCAUAUUCAAACAUAAUUUUUCUGUGACAUUCAAAUAGCUUUUCCAAGGCUUUCAUUCUUGAUUCUCUACCCUUCAGCUCCUAUCCAGACCACAAUCCCUUCAAGAAUUUCCUCAGCUCCUUCACUACUGACCAAUUCCUCAGGUACCAUCACAUAUUUCUGACCUGUUUCUUGGGUAGUCUUAAUUGAAUUGUUCCCUUGGGAAGCUGACUCUAAGAUGAGGAGGUUGGAGUUGUAGAGCAAAAUUGUGGUGGAGGUGGGAGUGGGGAAGUGAAAGAGCUCUUCUUAUAGAUGCAUCAUUGGGAGUCAGUUUCGUGUUUUCCUUCCAGUAAAGAAUAGGCCAACCUUCAUUGGGUGUCCCUGGGUAAGCUGAUGGAUGUCAGAAUGUUUCAGUGAAUAGGGCAUCCAUCUAAAAGUCAAAAAGAAAAAAUAACCAUCUGUAAGAUCUAGUUUGAAAUUUCUCCUUUGACACUAGCUAUGGGACCUUGGGCACAUCCCUGAAUCCUCCCUGGACUUCAGUUUCCUCACCUGUAAGAUCAAGGGGUUAGAUGUGCCAUUCCAGAUCUAAACUGACAAUCCCAUGAUCCUCUAUACCCAACUCUCAACCAUGAAGGUUUCUCUCCUUCCCCUACAGCAUCUGGCAGCUUUAGCCUGAAGUCUUUCACCGUGAACUUCACAAUCACCAACUUGCUCUGCACAGCAGACAUGGGACGGCCAGGCUCCCAAAAGUUCAAAGCCACUGAAAGAGUCCUACAGCGCCUGCUCAGCCCCUUGCUUGAAAACAGUAGCCUUGGCUCUGACUAUUCUGGAUGCAGGCUGACCAUGCUGAGGCCCAUACAGAAUGGGACAGCAACCAAAUUCCUGUGUGGCCACUGGAAAACUCCCGCCACCCCUAGCCUGGACAGGAAGAAAAUUUACUGGGAGCUGAGCAAUCAGACCCAAGGUAUCACCAGGCUGGGUGCCUAUACCCUGGACAAUAAGAGCCUCUAUCUCGAUGGUGAGUAGCCAGCUCUGGCCAGGACAUAGGCAGCUCCUUGACCUCCCUCUCUUGCUUCCUUCCAUUCCUGUUAAGCCCUCACCUAUUGAAAAAACUUUCUAUGCCUUUGAGGGUGCAGCUUUGCCUCUAUGGUUUUACCUGGUCUGAUAGAAAGUGUUUUCCUAUGAGGUGUUUAGAGUGUGAGGGGGAGCCGGUAUCAGACCCCAGAAAUAGGACCCUCGGUGGGUGGAUAGCCUCCUGACCUAGAAACUCCGGGAAUCUCUUUCACAUUGCAGUGGUUAGAGGCACAACACGCUGCGAUCUGAAAAAUCUGUGCAAAAUUUUUUGGUCCUCCGUUUGUACCAGAGAAGAUGACCAAUUUCCCCUUUUUCUUUUAUAUGGUGUUUACGUGGCCUUAUCUGUAUUCAUGGAAAAUUAAUUAAUGAAAAUGAAAAGUAGUGAAAAUAUAUCCCUACAUUUUCAGCCUUUGUGUUUCAUCUACUGCCUUCCUCAUACUUUUCACAAAUUUUAACUUUUGAUGUAUUUUAACAUUAAAAUAUAAAUUGUGUAUAUUGAAAGCAUUAAAAGAUAAAAUAUUGAUAUUAUACCAUAUAUAAUAUAUUUUAUGUGUUUAUGAGUUUCUUGACUUUUUCUGUGUCAUCUGCUUACCUUCUUGUGCUAUCUGCAGCUUCCACAAUACUCCCCCAAAUCCCCUCUUAAUUUCUUAUGCCAA